CCCGCGGCGACCCCCUUCUCUUCCUUCGACUCACCACCGGGGGGGAGGAAAGAAAAGCCCAGGGGAUCCUGCGACGCCCCGGGGGAUGCGUGGUGGCGGUGCGGUGGCUGCGUCGAGUUUAAGACAGGGGUUAAAAUGAAUGAAGAUCGGAAGGUUAAUUUGAGCUGGCUGCCUCAGGAUCAUGUAGAAGCCAGCUUUACGGAGAAUGCUUCAGCCGCAGGCUCCUCCCUGGUUCCUGUCAUAGACCCAGAGCCAGAGCUUUUGGUAAACCCCUGGGACAUUGUCUUGUGUACUUCAGGGACCCUAAUCUCCUGCGAAAAUGCCGUUGUGGUUCUUAUCAUUUUCCAUAAUCCCAGUCUUCGCGCCCCCAUGUUCCUCCUGAUAGGCAGCCUGGCGCUGGCAGAUCUCUUAGCGGGCAUUGGAUUGAUCAUCAAUUUUGUUUUUGCAUACCUUCUGCAGUCAGAAGCUACGAAACUGGUUACGAUUGGACUGAUUGUUGCUUCUUUCUCAGCAUCUGUCAGCAGCUUGCUGGCUAUUACUGUUGAUCGUUACCUCUCCCUGUAUUAUGCUUUGACUUACAAUUCAGAGAGGACUGUCACUUUUACCUAUGUCAUGCUUAUAUUGCUCUGGGGAGCAUCUAUCUGUAUUGGACUGCUGCCUAUAAUGGGCUGGAACUGCCUCAGAGAUGAAUCCACCUGCAGUGUUAUCAGACCACUCACUAAAAAUAAUGCAGCUGUCCUUUCGGUCUCUUUCUUGCUAAUGUUCGCCCUCAUGCUGCAGCUCUACAUCCAAAUCUGUAAAAUCGUGAUGCGCCAUGCUCAUCAAAUUGCCUUGCAACACCAUUUCCUGGCCACUUCCCACUAUGUGACCACCCGAAAAGGAGUGUCUACUUUGGCCAUUAUUUUGGGGACUUUUGCUGCGUGUUGGAUGCCUUUUACGCUCUAUUCUUUAAUAGCAGAUUACACCUAUCCUUCUAUAUACACCUAUGCCACCCUCCUGCCAGCUACCUACAAUUCCAUCAUCAAUCCUGUAAUAUAUGCUUUUAGAAACCAGGAGAUACAGAAGGCACUUUGGCUCGUCUGUUGUGGCUGUAUUCCUUCUAACCUGUCUCAGAGAGCAAGAUCACCCAGUGAUGUCUGAUUGGCAGCUAGGAGGAUGCUCCUUAACCUGUUCAUUUCCAGGCAUUCUUGUGAUGCUGUCUUUGGUUUAGAUGUAUUCAUUAUAUGGUGUGCAAUGGGUUCAUAUAAAAACCACAGGAUGCACUUAUCUUUUUGUAGCCGUAAAACCCCAGUGACCAAAAGGAAUCGAGUGGUUUAAGGAAGAUUUCCAAAAGCAAAAUAAUCAGUGUUCUGACAGAUUUCUAAUGUUGCUCAGGGUCUUUUUGUUAUGUUAACCAGACUUUGCCAUGUUUGCCAUGAUUUUACAUUAGGUUUGCUAAUUAAAAGUAGAGUGAAACAACAUACCUCCCUUGAAAUUGUGAUUGAAUUCAGUCAUACUGCGUGUUACAGUCUGUUGUCAAGAUAUUUUUUCCCCUCUUUAAUUCUUUUUAAAAUGAAAAAAAGAAAAAGGAAGCCCAUGUCCUGUUACGCCAUUUUCAUAUCAUCAGAAUACUCUUCAAAAUGAUGUCCAGUUGUACUGAUUUAUAUGGUAUUUAUUGUAAUAAUGUCAGUGCAACAAAUUUGCUCUAAGUGAGGAAGUACUUCUGUAGCUUUUAAUUUUACAUCUCGGCAUGAGCUAGCUCAAUGAUUGUUUUAAAGGGCUCCCUGUUCUGAGUUCUGGCUGGAUGCUAAAACAAAAGAUGUGCUUUGCCUUCCUUUUCAUAAAUCAGCCAUAUGUUUUCACUUAGAUAGAUAUGGGACAUCAGAGCUCAUUAUACUAUUAAUUUUAAAAAGAAUUCAGGGGGGAAUUUCAAAAUUGGUGAAACAAUAUGGCCUCUUUUGGCUAUGCAUUUGUAAUAGAUGAAACACAGAAGUUUCUCAGACAUUUUUCUCCUUUCAGAAGUGGAAGUGUCUAAGAAAAUAACCUAGAAAUUACUUGCAGCACAUAUUUAGCAUCUAUAUGAAAUGGUUUACUUUAAGUUUGUUGUCAAGUCAAAACUAUUACCACUUGUUCUCAUUGUUCUGCUAUAUAAUUUAAAAUACUGAAGUUCAUAAAUUUUCAGAGCAUAUCUGGUUCAUAAUUGUAUGCUAUAAGAACUGCAACGUGAAACAAUAUUUUCUCCUUUUCUGAUUUCAUUGCAGAUUGUGAUUCUUCACACAGUAGGCAUGUGUAGUUUACUUCAUUAUAGGAUGAUCUAAAAAGCAGACCUUCCUCUCAUGAAUGGUUAAAUUUCAAACAGCUUCUAACUUUUUACUGAAGCAACAUUAGAAUGCACUGGAAAUAAAACAUUGUUUUAUAAUGUGAAGACUUGUUUAUCAGCGAGAAAAUCUUCCUGGCAGAUGUCUUUGUGAAGCUUAAGGUUUACCAUGAUACCACUGUAUGGGAGUUCAUAGUACUGCUUCCAUUAGCAUUGAUGGGAGCUCAAUGUGUAAAUGCCCUGGCGUCAGUAAGAGGUUAUGUCCCCUUGAGUGUCACAGUCAGCAUACUGUAUUGUUGCUUCAAUAUCUUCCAUUACAGUUUAAAAAAAUCCAAAAACUGAAGUGUAAAAAUAGCAAUAUUUACAGUUAAAUGAAAAACUACACCUGUACAAUAUAUAUAGUAGAAACACCCAUGUUGCUGGUCUGGAUUUUUCCAAAGGGAAUCUGUAUUUUUCACAUGGAUGUUUGGGUGACUGUAGCUUUUUUGUGGCAAAGUUUCUGUGACGUUAAGAAUCAUAUGCUAUACACAAAGCUGAAUCUCAAAUGUGAAUGAGUUGUCUGUAAACAGGGCUCUGUAGAGAUUUUUAUGAGCAAUAAUUAAUUUGGUUGCAGUGCUGGGUUCAAAUUCUAUGAUUUACUUGGUUCAGUCUUCAUGAUAUUUGGCUCUUUGUAAUCUGGUUAGUUGAAUAAUUGCAUGGCAUGGUCCAGUAGAGCUGUGAACUUGCAGCUCCUUUGGCUUCACUAUAAUUUACAGAUGCUCAGCACAGUUAGAAUAUGGCCCCUGUUCAGUGUAGGAUAUUAAUGUUCUUUAUCUACUUAUGAAUGCUAAUGAAACUCUAGUCCCUGCCUUGUUCCUAUUUUGUUAUGAAUUUUUGUAUAAGAAAUAAUCACUUCAUAAAUAUCCAUGCUUUGUAUGUGUGCAGUUUUGCAAGUAUGCAAAGCUUUGGGAAUAAAUGGCAGUAAAAGUCAUGAGCUGAAUAAUGCACAGAGGCUGAAUAAUGUAGAGUGGUGCUUUUUAAAACAAAUAAGUUAGUCAUGCAAAGUUUACCCCCUUGUGCUCCUCUUUAUUUUCGCCAAUUGUUCUUCUGUAUCAAAUUGCUAAAAAGUGUGAUGAGGAUGAGCAGCUACAACUGUGACCAAAAUUCAGUCCUAAGGGCAGCUGUCAUGCAGCUUACAUGGACCUGUCCUCAUCCUUUUGGAUGACUUCACAGGCACUAGUGUCUUUCUCACUGCAAGACCCAGGUGGUAGGGAAGCCAGAAAAAAAAAGCCAGCACAGAGGGAGAUAAUGUUGUCCCCUCUUCUCGUGUAGGUUCACCUGGUGUCCUUGUCAUCUUCCUCGUUCCGCAGGCUGCUGAAAUCCACAGAUCCAGUGUGGGGAAAGCCAAACUUUUCAUUGUGCCAUAGCAGAGAGAUCUGUAAUUGGAAGUUCCUCUCCUGAGGACUAGCAAGUCAAACAGAGGAAAGAAGGAUUAAUUAUAGAAGUUCUACAAAGCUAGCUUGUAGGGAUGUGACUUGCCCUAUUUUGUGGAGUAGCACAUGGCUACCUUUUACCACAAACAGAUGAGAAACGUGGUUAUGCCUCCUAAGCUGCUGCCGUGACCUCCAGUGAAGAUGUUGUCUUUUCCAGAAAUAUGUUUUUAAAUUGAGACUGUGCAGCAUAGGCCAGAAAAUAUUUCUGGAAGUCAGUGACAUUGGUUUGCCCACAGCUGUCAGACCAAACUUUAGGAGGCUUUGCAGUACUGGAUAGAUGGUUUUUAACACACCUGUGAAAGAACUCUGGAGGAGGGGCAGAGCUGAGUACAAAGCUGCUUAUCUCACUUGCAGGAGAAGAAAUGCUUGACAAAGCAGCAUUUUUCCGACCCUGCAGAAUUAAACAAUUCUCUGCUGUCACCUCAGAGUUACAGUGUAGGCCCUGGUUAGGUAUGGUGAAGGGCCAGUGUCCAUCUGAAACUGGCAGAAAUUGAGCCAGCUUACAGGAUUCUGUAAUUUUUUUGUCCCGUUAAACAACAUCCAUGUGUAAAUCCAAGGUGCUUGAUUCACCAUUCUGUUUGCAGUUUCAUAUCUCCAUCUUAAUAUGUUAUGUAGUUUAAAGAAUUGAUGUUCAUUUUUACUUAUUUACUUAUUAACUAACAAAGUUAGUAACAGGUAGUAUUUUGAUGGGCAAAAUUCACUAUAGUAAUUUUUUUCAUAUAUUUAUCCUCAGAGCUUGGGAGAGGAUUUUUGAUUGUUUUUUUCUUAACCAUUUCUCCUAACAGUAAGUUUCCAGCAAUAAAGGGAAGUACAUUUUUAGCACAAGAGCAAUAAAAUCCUCCAUGUUGCAGGUACUAUAAACUGCUGAGUAAACUCAGAGUAAUCGUGUGGAAGCAAUAUAUACUUUAGACAAAAAAUAGUAACUUGCAUAAGGACUUUCAGUAAGCGGAAGUCUUCCUUUGUUAAGUGGCUGUCAGACAGAUGUGAAACAUUAUUUCUGGUUUGGGUUACAAUUUGAGUUCCUGAAUAGAAUUACUCAGCAAUAACCUUUUACCUUAGUUCUUGGAUCCACAGUUCAUGCUGUACUGCAGUGAGAAUUUUUAUUUUUUUCAUCACUUGGCAUUUAGUUGUACAGCAUUUUUUUUUGAUAGAUUAAUUGUGUUCAGAGUUUCUGAUUGUAACUUAAUCCUGAGAAUACUCUUCACCAAGCAAAAACUGAGAAUACCUGAAUUUGUGAUGCCCAUCAAGAUGGAUAUGGUAAAUGGUGCUAGUCCAUUCUAAAGGCAGAUUGCCUUUUAUAAGAACAAGAUUAUGGUAUCGCUGAAGAAAACCCCUACUAAUGCCCAGGGUACAUGGAAGCAAGCUGUAAGGCCUGCUGUCACUGCUGUAUCUUCCUACUGUAGACGUUUAGUGACAUAAGCAGUUGAGUCUAUCCUUUGUGUGCAGGGGCUAGCCUCAAGACAUCUUGGAGUUGCUAAAACCCCUCCAUGGACAGCAGUGAACUUUGGCUUUUACCAGCAGCUGCUCUAUCCCCAAAGAGUUAUUUUUCUGUUGCCUCAUUUUCUUAGGGUUUGUUUAGCUUUUAAAAAUAAGAUACUUGUGGAUUCAUUUCUCAAUAGUGAUGAGCAACCUGCAGUGUGACUAGAAGUUGGGAUAAAGCAAUAUCACUAUGAAUCAAGUCCUGGAACCAUAACUACAUCCUCAUUACUUUUUUUUUUUAAAAAAAAAAAAACGAUUCUUUUACAUUCAGAACUAUUUUCAAAAUGUUGGCCCUGACUUUUAUGGAGGAAGGCAUGCAUGGUGUGGUUUUCGUAUGUACAAUAAAGAAAGAAAAAUAAGAAUUGGCCAGAGUGGUCACUGUUUAAAAAAACACCAGCUAUUCUGUCACUUCAUCUCAGGUAUUAAAUUAUUCUUAGUCCUUGAAACAGAAACCAACUCUGGCAACUUUCUAGAAAAUCCUAAGUACCCACAAGUCAGUGUAAAAGCUGUGUAGCAAAAGUAGGAGGACUAGUAAUGUUGCCAAUGCAAGACAAUUUGAUGUAACAGUUCUAUUGUGAGUGGGAGCAAGAACGAUAUACCUGCAGACCAGCUGCAGACAGAUCAAGUUCUAGAUGUACAGGAAUAGCACCAGAAAAAGGUGAACAGGAUUUCUUUCAAUUGUACUACUGCAAGAAAACAAUAUCUGAUAAACCCUCACUGGAUAUAGAUCUUGUGUUCUAAGAAUUCAAGAGCGUUUUAAAGUGUUACUGGCCAACUAUUCAGGAAGAAGUAUCGCGCUGUUGUACUUUGUUGAAAGAAUUAGGGGCCAUGUUAAAUAUCUACACGUAGAAUCAUCACAUGUCUUUGUGAGAAGGUCUAAGAUAAUUUUAAGGUUUUACUUGGCUGCAUGUUGGAGCAGCUGAUUCUAGAACAAGAGAUUGCUCCAGAACAUAUAUUACAUGCAGUAAAUAAUCUGUCCUUUUCGUAUUUAUCAAAAGGAACAAACAGCUAUUUGCAAUCAGAAUUCUUGUUUGCAACUAGACAACAUCUUUAAUAAUACUACUGGAAGCCACGUUAUGAAACCAGUUUUAUAGUUUCAAUGGUAAACUUAGAAAACCAAUAUUUUUACAUGCUUAUUAUAUUGCGCACUUGGCAUAUAGCACGUUAGCAAGAAGCCCUGCUACUUGAUUGGUAUUAGGCAGCAGGGCUACUUUAUGUGAAAUUUGUUGCUUAACCAGGAAAAAAAAAGGCCAGUGCAGUGUAUUGUUAUAAUUGGGAAAUACAAUUUUAAAUAUUUCAAUUCCUGAUUUUUUUUUUUCCUAAUUUUUGUUUGACUUUAUGUAAACUGGUGGUUUACCCUCUCUUUCAAUGCCACAUUUUGUUUGGAUUAGUGGUAGUCCAGAAUUGUGCAAUGAAGAAAAAAUAAGAUCACUCAAUCUCUGCUUACAGGGAGGAGACUAAGAGGAAGAGGCCUGCUUUAUGUGUCAUGAAUAAGCAGUAGUACAGGAAAGGUUAAUUAGGCAUGCUUUUCUCUCCUGUCUCUCCAUAAAAGAAUGAUGGGACUCCCAAUAAACUUGAAAGGUAGUGUAUCUGGAAAUACUUUUUUUGGUACAAAAGGAAAUUACCCCAUAAAACUGGAUGCUACUGGCUUUGUCAGAUGAAUUCACAGUUCCUUUUAAUGGGUGAGAAAUCUGGAUGAACUGCAAAGAUAUCUGCUUUCAUAUUAAGUAGAUAUUGAAAGCUGAGAAGAUGGAAUUCUUCAUGGCUUGGUGAAUCAGCCAGCUACUCAGUGCUUGAGCUUGUAUAGAAGGGUUAUUUUGUGAGAAGGUUAUUUUGAACUGUCUGUUUUGAACCUUACUUGACCUACACAAAGCACCUGAGAGAAGGGCCCUGGGGCUGCCAUUGUUCUGGGGUGUAGAGCAACAGUACCAUGUUCUUGAAGCUAGCAGUACAGUUGUUCUGUUGAAUGGUGUCUGGAGAGCAGAAAAAAGGAAAUAUGAUAAGAAGCAAGGUCCUCCUCCCCUGAAAACAUGACCUCAUAUAUUUUAUUCAGAUUAUUAUUUGUCUUGUUAACACAGUCUUACAUCACUGUGCUUGAAAUCAGAAGAGUUUUUUGUGGAAAAAUACUGAAAAUAUAAAAGUAGAACCAACAGCAGAUUUUUUUACAGUAAGUCAUUAUAUAUUUAUUUUUUUAAUUCUGAGGAGCAGCUGAGCCUGUAACUUUACACCUACUGUUUGUUUGAAACAGUGUGCUUUUGCAUGGAAAAGCUGAAGAAGUCCAUGCUGCAGUUUAUCCACAUAAUUGUUGUAGAUUUUGUAAGCUAGACAAUAAGAAAAAAAGUCCCAUAUUUCACUGUUGUACAAACUUCUAGAAGUGAAGGGGGUAAAAAAAACCAAACAACAACCAAAGAAACCAAAACCUGAAUGUAGGUUAGAUCAAACCACUGCAGUUAACUAGUGCAUCACUGCUGUGGUGCAAACUAAUUCAGUGCCACUGAAAGGAUGAGGAGAGGUUUUCCAGUGCGUUUUUUUCGCAAAUGGGUUGAGAGAGUAAAAGGUCAGGCAAACAUGCCACCUCAAGACUCUUUGAAUUGCCUUAUGAGGAAAUUGCCCUUGCCGCCUCAAACUUUGUUUUGCCAAAGCAAUUUUUACAAACUCUUGCUGAUGUGCUAAAUAUUUAACUGGAAAAGAUAGCAUUGUGGGUUUCCUCCUCCCAGGUUCAGGGAAGACUUGCAUCCCAGAAAUAGUGAACUGAUUUAUUUAUCUGAUAUCUCUAAGUAAAACAGACCUUUCUGAAAAGUGCAGAGUACUUAAAGACAUUCACUGCACAGUUAGGGGCUUCAUGAAAUUACUAGUGUAGAAUAAUUAAUCUGAUGGGAAUAGGAUUAUGGGAUGUCCAUCCUGUCAUGUGCAACACUCUGCCCCUCCCCCAGCUCUGUAGUAACAUGUCUGGCACAAUCAUUUUUGUUUCAAGAGAAAUGUUGGUUGACAGUUGGACUCGAUCUUAACAGUCUUUCACAACUGAAAUGGUUCCAAGAACCUGUCUUGCAUAAGUAUUGUGCUGCAUUCUUAGGUAAAUCUUACUUACAAAGGUUUGAAAGGGUUGUAACAAGCUGUUAAAAUAUAUCAGCAGCUCUUUGGUGAGCAUUUGUCUUAAGCUGGAAGUGUAUCCGAUUCACCUGCAGGGGGCAGGAGAGAAAGCAAGUGGACUGCUACCAUUUUCUUUACACUAGUGGCAGUAUUUUUUCCUCUAACCAUUUGAUCCCAACCAUAUCAUCUACCAUGAUGUCUGAGAAUAGGCCUGGUCCCAUUUUUCUCAAGGAGAAAGCAAGCCAAUACUAACUGCACGUGCUGAAGAGUGCAUCCUGCAAGGAUUUACCUUAGAAAGUGGAGGGGCUUUCCACAUCUAACGAAUAGAUUCCAACGAAAUAGAUUUAUUUUUUUAAAAAAGUCUAAACUCAUUCUUAAAAGGAAAUACACAUGUCCAGGAUUAGCUUAAAGAAUUUAAGUAGCGUUUAUGUUACGUGCUGAGUAGAGAAACGGUUUCUUAGAGUAUUUUGGUAUGCCAUUAACAUAAUUAAGUAUUAUGAACUAUCAUACCUAAAAGCAUAAUUACAUACUUAAACAUAAUAUAUAUAUACAUAAUGAUUAUGAUUAUUUAAUUUACUUUUUAUAUGUAUGAUAUGCUAGGUAUCAUGCUUAAUACCUUCAAUGUUGUAAUGGUCAAAGUGUAACCUCUUUGCUGAGGCAGUUUCACAUGACUGAAGAAAAAAGUUGCCAGACUUGUAUGAAUGUUGCAAACACCAAAAGAUUCAGUGGUAAGUAAUCGGUAUUUCAGCAAGCAAAGACAAUACAGAGGUUUUGGAAGGGAGGUGAAUUCUCAUGUCUUUAAUUUGUACAAAUCCCGCUGCCAGCUUCGUGAUUACAGGCAUGCGUUAAUGGCCACAUCUGGGGCAGAGUGCAAGAAGGAUAUUUAUCACUAAUGUGAGCCUAUAUAGCAGUUGUAUGUUCCUGCACACACUGCCCCCUAUCCUCUCUCUUUGUCUUCCAUAGGUGCUUUGGUAACAGGACUACACUGGUCAUGAGUCUAAGCAGCAAUCCACACAGUCAUGUGACAUAGAUGCGCAUUUUGUACUUGUUGAUGCUAACCUGGAGAAUAUUACAGUAUUUAAAAUGUCUUAAAUAUAUAUUUUUAAAGGGCACAUGAAAUACACGUAUGUUUCAAGGGCUUUCUAGGGAAAGGGACCAGCCCCUGUAAGAUUUAGUGUCAAGGUAUGGAGCUCUUAAUGCAUUGGUUACUUAUGGCCACCAUAAGAUUUUUCUCUUACUUGAGUGUUUUGUAGGAUGAAACCCAUCAAAAUAAUAGAAUUCAGCUUCUACUGCUUUCAAGGAAGAGAUAUUUUUAUAGUAUGCAAAUGAAAGCAGCGCGACCUGGCCCUCUGAAAAGUGAGAUACCCACGUCCUGAAAGGGAUGUACUGUUGUGUCCACAUGGAGCUCAGGGGGUUGUGCCCCAUCCAGGGGUUUUUGGUUUGCUGGUCUUUGAUCGCCCUCUGACAGUGUACUCCCUUGAUAUAUGAGCAUCACUCAGUCCACCUUGUGGUGCCUCUGCCCCAGAGGACUCACUAGGAAGUAGAACAAAGGUGAGGUUUUUCUACGGUGUUAAUUGCAGAGUUAAAGCAAACCAAAAACCCAUGGAUGGAGUACAACCCCCUGAGCUACAUGCAGAGUUGGGAGGGGAACUCUGCUCUCAGCAGACAGCUUUCUGAAGACUUAAUAGGAGAUAGUGAGCCUUCUUCAGUCACAUUCUAACCAAAUCUCAGCCUCUUUCUUUUGUGUUUCCCUUUCUCUGUAAGCAGAGACUUCCCUUAGUCAAGGAGGAGGAGAGUAGUGCAUGGCUGAGAGUUAGCAGGGUGCAGUAUUUUACAUGACAGCUGUUCCAGAGCAAGGCAGCUGAAUGUACUUGGUCUGCUCCCACAGGUUAAAAUAUAUGGGAGGAAGAAGUGGUUUUGCAGAAUGUGGAGAUGGUGUGUGCGAUUUGUUCCAAAAGUGUGGAAUGGGUAUUGCAGCUGAAGAGGCAGGUAAAUUGCCUAGAUUAUAUAUGCAGCAAAAUACUCAGGCAGUCUCUAGGGUUACUAGCCUGUGCUCAGAUAUAUUUUCCGUUGAAGCUGAUAUUAGUCCCAUGUAUGCAGGAAGGAAGAAAAGAAUACGGACUUUUCUGUUGGGCCUCAGCCAGAGCCCACCAAAGGAGAUGGACAUUCUUAGUUUUGUCAUUAUUUCUAGAGGGAGACACACUAGACCUCUUCCUUUUGUAUGUCUACAUUGUUUUACUCUUUGGGGCUAAAACCUACAGUUGUGUCAUCCUUUGUUUGGUCUCAGCUUUACUGUCACAGCCAAAACCUACAAAAGAUGAUUGUAAAUGUGUUUACAAAUAAAGAGAAAUUUCAUAGGAUAAAAUGUUGUAACUGUGCCUCUGAAAUAAAGCUGUAGAACUCUGCAUUUAACUUCAGGCCACAAAAUACCUUGGGCUGGCAGAACCGCUCAUAGUUUUCUAGACUUUCUAACUAGACUCUUACUUUUUUCUUUGCCAAAUGCAAUUAAAGGUAACCUGUGGUUCACCAUGCUCAUCUCAUUAAAUUCUCAGAGAGAACAUUUCGUAGGAAACAUUGUACGAUUCAUGUAAACUCCUGAUACUACUGACUGCAGUGUGGUUCAAUGCUGAAUUCUAAAAGCUUUAGCAGAAGCAGCAGCAUGGGGCAUAUUUCCCAUGCUACACAUCUCAUUAGGAUCCAAAUGGCUUUAAACCAGUAAUUUAAAUUCUGCAUGUUGUGCUUUUCAUAUGAGGAUCAAGUACUGGUUUGGUACGUAAAGGCCUGUGGUUAUUUCUUAUACUGAUUUAGAGUUUUUUUCAUUUAACUGUGGUUGAAGUUUGAACCAUAGCUUGCCAAUAUAUGAAGUAAUUUUAAAAGGAAGUGAAACAUCUUUGCCUCAGUUUUCCUUAAGAUUAAAGCUUUGGAUUGCAACUACAGAGCUUGUUGUUGUAUACAAGAUAGUCAUUUAAUGCACUUUAUUUAAAAAAGGCACAAAUUAUUUUGUUUAUAAAAUGUUACAAUUGCACUAUCCUGUAAGAAUUGGUUACUAAAUAUAAACUGUACAGUUUUGUAGUCAACAUUGUUAAGUGUUUAGUCAUAAAUGAUUGAAACAAUUAUGUUUCAGUUAAAUGUUAAUUUUAU